GGAGAAUUCUAAGACGAAUUCAACAAAAGAGAGAACUCCUCAACUUCUAUUUCAGAUCUAUGGCUACCUCCCUGUACGGAGCUUAUGGGAUUAGAUUUGGCUCACGAGAUGAUGUUUCGAGUGUUAAAAAUGGAGGAAUCGUGGCGGAGGAGGAGGAGCUUGAGCUAUUGCAAGCUGAAUCAUGUACCGAAAUUAAUAGAUGAGAAGGAGAGUGGUAACGCCGACGAUGUCGAGAUUCUUGAGCCGUGUUUGAAAUUCUUCAAACCAGAAGGAGAUGAAUAUGAAGUUUCAAAGGAGGCGGAUAGAGGUAUCGAUCUUAUAGCAUGAGGUAAGUGAAAAGAAGACCAAAAGGACUGAUCCUAAGUCCGAUGAUGUCUACUUCAAUCUUCUCGUCAAGGAAACAAAACAAGGAGAGGUCUUUUAUGCUUCUGUUUCUCUGUUUGUUCCAUUGGUUUAUUGAGAUUUGAUCCUUUCAAUUUGGCAGCUUUACAGUUUUUGGUGAGCUAGCAGGUAAGCUCAAUUCAUUUGAUGUUACUAAAGUCUUGACAGGGUUAGAGUUUACAUACAAAGAGUUAAUGUCAUGACAUCACCAUAUGGAAGAGUUUUGGAUAUGUUUUCAUCACUGCCCCAAUGAAACGAGUUUUGGUCUAGUGUAGGUUUUGACAAGAAGGGCCAAAAAUCAGUAUACAUUGAAAGAGUUUGCCACAAUUCCAAGAGCCUUGACAGAGCUAAAAGUUCUGUUUUCACUGCAAAUGUGAUGGGUUGUGUCUACUCAAAUUUUAUGAUAUGUGAUACGGAGAUCAAGACUGCCCAGAUUCUUACUACUCUUCUCUUCCGGGGCACAAAGCUUCUGUGAAUUGCACUCAUUGGUUACCCAUUUCCAAGUUUGCUUUCAAAGGUACUUCUUCUAAUCUAGAUUGCUUGCUGUAAUUUUGAAUCUUUUGGUUUAUGGGAACUUUUUGUUCUUGAUUUAGAGUUUUUAGUAUGUUGAAUCACGCCAUAGGUAUUGCAUUGCAAAGGAAGAGACUUUUGAUGUUUUAUCAGAUAGAGAUCUUAUUAGACUGAAGAAUUUGUGACUUAUAGCUAUCAUUAUAAAUUUAUAAUUAGCUC